UAGGCGCUAUUUUCAUGUCAGCUGGGGUAAAGAGCGGUUCUGUUAGCUUCCAGGGGACAGCACUGCCUCAUCCCUGCAUAAGCCAAAAAGCCUCGGAGCCAAGGAUCCUCUCCCUCAACUUCAUCAGUUCGCCUGAUGUGGACGGAUCUGUGAAUUAUUUUACACGUGACCAUGACAAGUUAUGAUCGGUCAAUCAAUGGGGCAAGGGGGAUGUCCAUCCAGGUGUCGCGUAUAUUAUUAUACUUUGCGGCGUCCACGGGCUGUUGAACAGUUUCGCCCGAUUUCUUAACAGAACGCCUGGUGGCUGCUCAUAUCAGUUGCCUUCUUUCUUUCCAUUCGAUUCAAUAUGUUUGUUCAUAGUCCAUACGUUCUAACAUUCGCCUUCCUGCUAUUUGCACCGGCCACAGGCAGCAGCAUUCUUGUUGCAUGGUAUACAUUCACAAAACGGAGAUAUGUGUUACCAUUGCUUGCCUCUUUCAGUUUCCUCCUAGUUGCGAUAUCAGCUCUACCAGUCAUAUGUUUGAGUUUCAGUAAUGUUUCUUCUAGCAUCAGGUUUGAGGCAACCGCCUUGUGGUGCGUAACGUUCGCAGCUGCACUGACAGCUGGAAUCGAUACGUACUUCUUCGUUUGGUCCGUACGAACCCGUAUUAUAUCAGUGAGCAAGGCGAUGUCGAUUAUCGCAUUAUUUAUCCUUCUCGAUCUUGCCAGCUUCAUUGGCAUCAUUGUAGUAGUGGUCUUAGAGAAACCGGUCACACCAUGUGUCCAAGCAAUCUCACUUGGACUGACUAUUCAAGGUUGUGUUGGCCAUAUCUUCCGUUUGCUGGCGGUACGCAUACAGAAGGUUACAAUAGAUACAUGCCUCUUUGGUUUUAUGUCAAUUCUAAUUACGUUCUUCUUGGUAAAAUUACAAGAUGAUUACCUGCGUAUCGAAUAUAGGGACGAUUAUCUCCAUCUCCAAUAUCGGGACUUUUUUGUUCUUUGGACAUACCCUAUAUCCUACCAUACCCUCGCAUUCUAUCUCAUGGUGACUGCACGCGUCUUCCGUCCAAAAAUCAAUAAGGCACGUCAAUCAGCGAAAUCAAAGCCGAGCUCUUACUUUGAACCUGAAAUCCCUCCUGAACCACUUGCUUCUGCGCGGAGUUUUGACAACCCCCCGACAGAGACAGAGGUGGAGGGUAGAGUACAUGAUAAAUUGAGUGAUGGAUCAAACAAGCAGGAUCUCGAGAUGUCGCGACUAUCUUCUGAGGGUUUUAAGAUUACAGAGGCUCGCCGAAAAGCUGAGGGCAUGAAUUCUCAUCAGUCUAGUCAAGAAGAGAUUGGUAUGUCACCAUCCGAUCCUGAGCUUCCCGUAAAACCACCCGCUACUGUACGAAGUUUUGACAGCUCUGCAACAGCUGUUGAUGUGGUGGAGGAUAAGCCAGAGGAUACACUGGAGGACAGCAUGAUAAAGUCGGCCAUCGACAUAACUCAGCCAUUGCCUGAAAAUCUCGAGCUCUCUGAGGCUCAUCAAAGGGACGGGGACAUGGAGCAUCCACAAUGGGACUAUGAAGGAGAGGAGUAUCCUCAAGUCCCAAAUACAAGUCGUGCUAGUUCUGUAAACGGCAUGGAGGUUGGAUUGCUUAAUAGUGUCCAGGGUGACUAUGAUCAGCUAGAUAGAACUAUAGCACGUCUUUAGUGGUACCGACACCUAAAGGGUUAGGGUGAAGGUGUAGCUUUGUGCCCAGAUCUCUUCGAUACGGUGGAAAAGCAUCAUUGUAGAGCUGAUUCGAUAUAAAUUGAGCUGAUUUGGAAAUUACGCGCUUAUCAGCUUCACCACGCCACACCGCUUUAGGUAGCUGCGUUGCUUCCACUAUUUCCAGCAUGAGCUGCAACUAAGAUCGACGUGCUUACCGAAUACGUAGUCUAGAAGAACCAGGAAAUGUCAGAAACUGAAUCAUGAGGUGGUAGGUUGACAUACUUAUUGCUGCCUUCCGCCGGUGUUAGCAUUUGUGACCCUCGAAAGUCGGAACUUGAUUUAAGAUGUGCGACUAUACUCAAGUUAAAUAUAGUUGUGGUCACCUACGAUACACAGUCAAAGCAUGGUGUACUAGAUAUCAAGAAACACACAAACGCUGUCCAGCAAACGUGGUCGCAAUUGAGUAUCGGCUGGAUGAGAAAUGCGGUGAUUGUAGAGAUACCUCAACUAUGAAAGGAGCUGGAUCUUUCAAAGGGAGCGUUAGGGCAGUAUACCCUUAAGUCUGGGACUUGGAGAAUAUUUCGUUGAAAAAGCAGAAUGCCUUAUUCUGGUUUCCUUGCAUAACAAAAGUAAACAUAUUGAAAUAAAG